AUGUCCAAGCCGACAACUGAUAACGCCUCCCUCUCCGCCACCACGCAAAUCUCUCAUAACCUCCAUCCUGCAAAGCUAUCACAAUACUCUGGGCUUGAACAUCUACCAGCUGCCGCAAAGCUGCCUUCAAUCGUCAAAUCAUUCAAUCUCAAAGUUCAGGACGGUAUUGAUGGCGCAGUCCCAGCAUUCUUACACCUACCUGAGAAUUAUCAGAAUCAGCAGAGUACAGCUGCAAUCCUUCUUUCUGGAGCUGGUGGUGGUGUAGUCGGCCCAUCAAGUAUCUAUCUCAGUAUGGCGGACAAGUUGGCUUCUCUACAAAACGGUCUUCCUGUCUUACGUAUGGAUUAUCGCUUUCCAGCUCGCAACAAGUAUUGCGUCCCAGAUGUUCUGGCAGCGAUGGGUUAUCUCAAGGCUCGUUAUAACGUCGGUCGAUUUGUUCUGGUCGGAUGGUCUUUUGGCGGUGCUCCGGUGUUCACAGUCGGUGGUCAAGAUGCUAGGGUUAUUGGGUGUGCAACCGUUGCAUCUCAGACUGCAGAGACGGAAGGCAUCAGAGCGUUAGNNGGAAGAAGAGGUGUGCCAGUGUUGCUGUUACAUGGUACUGGCGAUCGCACCUUGAGUCCGCAGUGUAGUGAGAGACUGUACGAUAUGUAUGGGUCCAGAGGAGGGCACAGAAAGGUGCAUUACUUCGAAGGAGAUGACCACGCGCUUACAAGGAAUAGCACUGAGGCUGAGAAGAUGCUCUGUGAGUUCAUCGCAGACAUAGCCGGAUUGAGCGUGGGCAGUAAAGAGAGGGGUCUUUUGAACAAGAGUCUUGUUGACGAUGAGGACAAGAUCAACAAGAUGAAGAAGGGUGGUGAUUUGAGGGGUGCUGAGAGUGCUGAAUAG